AUGAUUAUAGUCACUCAUAAUUUACAGUAGAUUGAGAACUAUACUAAAAUAUUCUUGUAUUGGAAGCCGCCUCAAAUAUAGUCGCUACUCAAAUACAUAACAGAUCAAUUUUAAAGCUAUUCUGAUGUUCAGUUGUUUUUCAAAAAUCAUAUGAAGAGAUUGCAUAGUGAAAAAAUUAUCUUCUAUUUAUCUCAGAUCUUACAAUCUCUAGCAAGUAAAUCUGGAUAAUUUAUCAAGACAUUCCUCAUAGAGUAUGCUUAGAAAUCAGUCUAUUGA